AUGGAGUGUCAUCAAACUAACGGCGGUCGCGGAAAAAUCUUACCUGAAGUAAGUGAAUCAACCGCAACCCCUAUCCCAACAUCUCCAUCAUAUCAUAAGUCUAAUUUGGUAGAUGAGGUAAGUAAUGAAGUUAACUCUUUACCAGAUGUUGAGAUAUGCGAAGAGAUUGAAAAAACUUUACUAGAGGUAAGUGCGCCCGAUGACUCACGGGAUGGGGAUGCUAUCGCAUCUGAAGAUUCUAACUAUGAAUAUGAUUUUGAAGAUCCCUUCGAUAACAACGAAGAUGACUCACGGAGUGAGGAUGUUAAUUCGUCUAAAGAUGAUGAUGGGUUUUGCGGUUUCUCUGAUGAUGAUGAAGAUGACUCCCGAAAAUAUCCAUUUGUAUAUAGGGUUCAUCACCAUGUGGUUCUUCUUGUGGGACGUAAAGCGAAAAAAGCCGAUGAAACAAACUCUCGUGAAACCAAGAUCAACACUACUAUCGCUGAACAAAUCGGCAAGAUCAAAGCCGAAAUUAAUAAUGAUCUUACCACAAAAAUGAGUUCCCGUGAUACUAACUAUGCAACGAAGGCACAGAAUAUCAUUAAUAUGAUAAAUGGAAAAUAUAACGAAAUCGAGCGAGUUCUGUUGCAGAGCAACGCUACUUCCGUAGCAGAAACCUACCAAAAUAAUUUUAGUCGAAUCAACACUGAUUUCGAAUUGGUCGGCAGGAUGAUUACAACGCUCCAAAGCGAAAUCAAUCAACGACACUCCCUUGUUCAGAGUGCUAAUGGGGAUCUAACCAGCAAAGCGAGGCAUCAUUAUCUUCCGCUCAUUUAUCAAAUUCCUCAGAUUCAAACGGCCGGCCUUAAAGAAGAUCUUGAUUCUAUUCGAAAAGGUGUAAAGCGGGUGUUGGGUGUCAUCGUGGGUUUAUUAAAAGAUCGAAUUAGUGUGGAUAACUCCCAGCCAGUUAGAGAUCGAAGAUUAAGAAAUUCACAAAGUAAUGGUUAG